GAAGCGUGACUUUUAAUUCAUUCUCUAUCUCGCUGUUUCAUUGAGUGGGUACCUCAUGUAGUUGGGGCCAGGGCUGCUGCUAGUUGAUCAAAUUAAACUGAACAGUGCGAUGACGACUUCAGGCCUCACAGAAGAACAAAAGUUAAAGUAUGAGAGAGACGGUUAUCUUGUUGUAGAGGACGUUUUUGAUGCUGCCAAAGUUAAAGAACUGUCUGAUGCUGCAGAUGAUUUUGUGAAAAGAAGUGCCAGUAUGACCAACUCAGAUGGAAAUUUCCAUCUUGAGUGGAGAGACAACUCAUCCAAGCCGACCUUACAACGGGUUUCACUUCCUUCCGUGAUAAACCCAUUAUUUGAAGAGAUACAUCACGACACUAAGCUAUUGGACAUUGUUUGUGAUUUGAUUGGUCCCUCUGUCCGUUACAUCCAACAUGAUGCUCUAUACUUCAACUUCCCACAAGGAGGCAGCUUUCCGAUCAAAUGGCACCAAGACUGGACAUUCUGGCCUCACACAAAUAAAGACCUUGUAGUGGGCUUCCUUUCAAUUGAUGACUCCUGCAAAGAAAAUGGUUGUCUACAAGUCAUACCAGGAAGUCAUAAGGGUCCUUUUUAUAAUCACUUCAUCGAAGACAAGUUUGCCUCAGAGAUAAGCGACCCAAUGUUUGAUCCCAGCCAAGCUGUUCAUGUUGAGGUUCCCUCGGGUGGAAUUUCUUUUCAUCAUCCAUUCACUGUGCAUGGUGCGGCCGCCAAUCAAUCAGAUCGAUCAAAGCGUUACUUUGCGUUAUCUUUCACCGCUACAGAUGCGUGGCCUCUCAUUGGUGUUGUGGGUAAAGAGGGGAAACUUUGGGGCCCAGUGGACUGGGACCGAUAUCGUUCAACUGUGGUCCGAGGCAAAGCAAGCAGGUUUCCCAGGAUGGAAACUAUUCCAGUAUCACUUCCGGUUCCGUUUUCCACCGAAAGUAUAGCUCCGUUCUACGCGCACGAAAGCAAAUCGAUACACGGAAACCCAACUAAUGUUCUCUGAAAAAUCAUAGGCACUUUCUUAAAAAUUUUCAUCGAGAGAUAUGAGUAGGAUAUGAAUAAAGAACAGUUAACAAUGCAAUCAUUAAUAACGUCUUUUAACUUUACAAUGCAAUAGAUGUUUCCGACUUUUUUUCACUAUUUCAAAAAGAGACUAUUAACUUUCUAAUCUCUUGCUCUCAAACGAGGUAAUAAUCUACAAGAAAAACAUUACACGCGUCUGAUUGGCUGAAAACGAGUGCAUUUUUCAUUUAAUAUAAGUGCAAAUGACAAACAACGCGCGCGCUGUCAAAAUUUCGUCUGUCUGUUCUGGUCCUCUGCUCUCGAUAUACGCUGGAUUAGCGCUGGAUUACAGCACUCUUGGAAGGCAGGACACAAUUUGUCGAGUUAGCCUUAGCCUCCUCGUCAUCGCUAGUAUUGAACUUUAACGGAAGCAUCCCCUAAACAACAAAACUGUCACUGAUUCUAGUCACUAUUAUGGUUGAUGACCUUUUUUGUGACUGGUACCCUCGAGCAAAAUAAGUUGAUUACUCGACAGCUAUUGAGAUUAUCCCUAGAAAUGACCCCUCGGUACUGAGCUACAUAGUGUCUGACGUACAGGAGUUCGCUUGUGCUAAUAACACGCAAUUAAAUGCAGCGAAAUGCAAGGAGAUGUUGGUCGACUUCCUUUAAAAUAAUAGUUUUUAGUGUCCGCCAGUUGCUUCGGGCGGCGUCGUGUUAGAGCAUGUCAUUUCCUUCAAGCUGCUCGGGUUUACAUAACCGAAGGUCUGACUUGGGCGGUACACUGUGACUUUAUGGUGAAGACAGCCAACCGAUGACUGUACGCACUUAGGCGCAGCGUUGUACCAGCUCCACAUAUGAUUCUAGUCUACACU